UCGAUACUUUUAAUUUGCACGUUUCAUAAAAAAAAAGUUUCCUCGAAAUAACAGUCUUCGACGCAAACCCCCACCCACCGUCCCCGCCACUGUAUACCAUGUAUUUCACAUUCUUCCUUGAAUAAACCAGUCCCAGAAAAUAUGGUUCCCUGCAAAUACCUCCAAGGAUUAUAGUUACUAUCAAAACAAUAUUAUCAAAAAUAUAUUGAUUAGUAGGUUGCCUGUGAUCAUAUUUAGGGACAAUAGAACUCAACCAUGGCUUAAGGCAAAUUGGUUUUGGCAUGAUGUUUGCAUUGGUUUUGGUCUGACGUGCAGGUACAAUUUCGUGAAACAAUGGUGGUUUCUUCUGCCACAAUUAUUAACCAUAAUUAUCACCCAAGAAACCCUUGUUUAAUCCAUACUAAGGUGCAUACACGGACGCCCACUUUAUUUAGAAACAAUGAAUACAGACAGGUGAAGCAGUUGCAGGUAGUGCCGAGGUCGAUUUCCUUUGCAACCGUAAGCGUGUCAAGGGAUACCCAGCAAUCAUUACCGGAGUCAACUGAUUUUGUUUCCACAGUGGGCACUCCGCAAUUAGCUCCCAAAUCGCUCAAGACAUGGAAUAUGACGGAUCGGCAUCUGAUGUUACUCAAUGGAAUCGCCUGUAUUGUAGCAGUGUCUGCUUCCUGCUUGUUUUUUGCUGCAAUACCAACUUUGAUGGCACUCAAGAGGGCUGCUGAAUCCAUGGAAAAGCUACUAGAUGUUACAAGGGAAGAGUUGCCUGGAACAAUGGCUGCUGUAAGAUUAUCGGGGAUGGAAAUCAGUGACCUGACAAUGGAGCUUAGUGAUUUGGGCCAAGAGAUAACGGAAGGUGUGAGGAACUCAACCCGGGCAGUCAGAGCAGCUGAGGAUGGUCUUCGGCGCAUGACUAAUAUGGCAUCUGUAGCUCUCUUGCAGGAGCGAGCAAAAGUCCAAGACAACAUCAUGAAACCGGUGAUGGCAAGAACAGCUAGAGGUUUACAUGAUGGAAUUGUUCAGGGCCGUAGUAUAUUGAAAAGUUUGGGUGCUUUGAGGCAGUUAUCUCGUUGGCUUAGUAAGUAUUGGAUGAAAAGGAAGAAUUUGUCAUCCAAGGAAAAAGAGAUAAUCAUUGGAGAGUAGGUUAGCCACUGUUAAAACACAAUCUUCAUUCUUCAUGGUGAAGUAUAGUUGGUUGUAGUACUGUGAAAUGCUUCUUGUUAUUCAAAAUCUGUUUAUCAUGUCAUAAUUCCAUAAUCGCUGUUAUUUAACAAAUGUGUUAAAACUGCAGGAGAAUUUGAGUGCAUAUGAACUCUAGGUGCCUGAAAAUGUGCUACGUGAUUGGAAUUUUAGAAUGAUUAAUUAUCAUUAAUGUUGAUCGAAAGGUCUAUUGAUGGAUGCUUGUUGAAUGGUGUUAAUUUGAUUAAAUUUUUUAAAUAUAUCUCAAUUUUCUGACUGCCAA